ACUUCCCCUAAAAUUUCCCUCCUCCGGCGUUCCACUAAAACCCAGUACCAAAACCCCCCCGUCAGUCUCCUGUGGCACUUUUCAGUUCUCACCGCCCUAUUCUCUUCAACCCAAGAAUUGAUACGGUUAUAUCAAUAUCCCAAAACCCCAUUUAUCAAUUUCGUAUGCUUCACAGCAACAAUGGGAAGUAGGUCGCGUUUAGCAGGUAUGGAAGUUCCCAUUAUUGGCAGCGAUUCGGUCAAGUUCGUUCAACUCUCCCUCGCUUCUUCUACUUCUACUUCCGCUUCUGCUCCAACUCCUUUCACAAGAGAUGUCGGUUCUUGCUCCAUCAUUGGGAAUCCUCCCGCUUAUUUCACUUGGAAAAUUUGCAGAAGUCAGCCAAAUGUGCUGGAAAUAAUGGAGUUCUGUGGUUAUAAGGAGUUCCCCAAAACUGGAUUGCAAAUUGUAUUCCCAGAAGAACUUUUUCCAUUUGCGCUGAUCUGCAAAAAUGAAAUGACGUUUUCUUCUGUCAGACCGUAUCUGCUUCAUGCCAUGACAGUAUCUGGGGUUGCUUAUCUUAUUAGACUUGAAAACAUCUCCAAUUAUGUAUCUAGCUCCCGUUUGCAAUCCGACGACUUUGUUGAGUUCAACACUCUGACCCAUCCUCAUCAAGGAGCAACAACAGCAGUGGCAGGAAUAGCAGAAUUGAUGGUAGUUGGAAGAAGUGAUGGAUCUGUUGGAUGCUUCCAGCUUGGCAUCCUUGACCACCGAGCUCCAGGCUUUGUGCAGGAGCUGCGUGAUGAUGGUGGUCUUGGUCGUUUGUGGGGCGUUUUGUCAAGGUAUUUACUAUUUCAUAUCAGGAAAUCUUCAACUGAAUUGUCUUAUGCACUCUGGUUCNUUUUAUUUGUGCUUCACUCUGAUGGGAGCUUACGUGUGUGGGACCUUUCAAAUCAUUCCAGAAUUUUCAGCCAUUCUUUGAGUGCUUCACCAUCUGCAGGCUCCAGUUUUGUAAGGAUAUGGGUGGGAAACGACCACAACAAUCCUGAUGCAAUUCCUCUGGCAGUACUACGAAAAGAUGAUUCGGAAGUUGGCACAGCGAUGAUCUCUUUGUAUAGCCUUUAUUUCAGUCCUGGGGAUAGAAUUAACUUGUUACUGGAUCCUUCCACAAAAAGCAUCUCAUUGGUAGAGGGUGAAGUCAUUGAUGUAAAACUUACUCCAAAUAAGCUGUGGAUACUCAGCGAAAAUGGAUUGGUCAUGAAGGAGUUGUUUUGUCAAAGUAGGAAAGAGGAAUUAGCUUAUUGCUAUUCUUUACAGGAUACAUUUGUUGCUGAGCAGCUGUUUCAAGGCUCUGAAAAUUCUUCAGAUGAUCUACUUUGGCUUUGUCACACAGUUUUGUCAUCUUCAAAGGAUCAGAUUUCUCCAUUUGUAUCUUCUGUUUUCUUACGUAGGUUGCUCCUUCCGGGUGUUUAUCAUAGAAAUGUUCUUCGGGCAACAUUACGAGAUUUUAGCAAGCACUUCACUGAUUCCGAAUUUGAUUCUUUGACUGUGGAUGGACUGAAAAAUGAAAUUCUGUCAGUCAUUCAACAUGAGGUGGGAGCUGAUAGUCCAAUUUCAAUACUUCAGAGCUGGAAAACCUUUUGUACCUGCUAUUUCAAUAAUUGGUGCAGAACCAAUGUAGCGUGUGGUUUGCUUAUUGAUUCAGCCACACAAGCUGUGGGUGUUAUUAGAAAAAACUCAGUCUCCAUUUGUCGUAGUCUCGAGGACAUAGAGCUUCUUGUUUCUAGAUCUUCUGAUGAACAUGGAAAUGUAAUAAGCUCUGGGUUGGACUCCUCUAAUAAUGAUCUUGAACGGGAAAUUCUUUCAGAGAUACUGCAGUGUGUUCGUAAUCUCAGUCAACAGUUGAGCAAAGCUGCUCCUACCAUAUUUUAUGAAUCGCUUCUUAGAACACCAAAUUUAUCAUCUGAAGAGGUCAUUUCACGGUUGCUUAAAAAUUUAGAAAGUGGUUAUAGCUCAUCAAUGGCAGCUCUCCAUGUAUCCGAACUCGGAACUGAUGUAGCACUGGAUAAGGAAAUUUCCUACCACAAAAGACUCAGAAAAUUCUCAGUAGAUAUGCUUUUAUCCCUACACAACUUGUGCAGUAGAGCUACCAAAUGGGGGAGAGUUUUGCAUGUUAUUGAGAGCUACUUGAAAUUUCUCGUGCCUCGAAAAUAUGAACAUAACUUGGAUUCUGAUGGACUAUUCACAGUCAGCACUGCCCUUACAGUGCAGGCGACUUCUCAGGUUGCUAAAGUGAUGUUUGAAUCUGCAUUGGACGUGCAUUUGCUUCUAAGCUACAUGGUUAACAGUAGCAGUCAGAUUGGCAUGUCAGAGGAUGAGGUUUCAAGAGUUAAAAUUGAGUUAGUUCCAAUGAUCCAAGAGGUUCUUACUGAGUGGCAUAUCAUCCAUUUCUUCAGUACCACACCAUCUGAAUCUCCUCUUCUUGAAGACUUCAGCAGUCAACUUUCAUCUUUACAGCUUGAUGGCAAUGUUGAUCGGAGAUCAUGGAAUGAGAAACUUGGUAAAUCUGAAUUCACAUUGGCCUUCAUUCUGUUACUUGGAGGUCAUAGCAGUCCAUCUUUCAGACAUCUGCCUGAUCCCAGCAGUCUAAGUAGUUCAGUACAAGAAUUUGCUAGCUGGAUAAUAUGGGGGAGAACAGGAGCAGAACCGUCUGUUUUCUUCAGUCAUUCGGUUGGCCUUGCUCUAGUGUUACUUAGACAUGGGCAAUAUGAUGCUGUUGAGUAUGUACUCGGUUUGGUGGAUACGUAUUCGCGCAAGGAGAAGAUCUUCCAAAGUCUUCAGAGCGAUGGUGGGGAGUGGUCCACUCUGUUGCAUCUUCUUGGUUGUUGCUUUAUUGCACAAAGCCAACGUGGCUUGCAUGGAACAAUGAAAGAAAGAAAAAUUUCUGAAGCAGUUCGGUGUUUUUUUCGAGCUGCGUCUGUAGGAGGAGCUGCCAACGCUUUGCAAAGCUUGCCAAAUGAAGCAGGAUGGAUACACCUUGGUUUCUCUCAACAUGUCUCACCUGCUGCUUGGAAGCUUCAUUACUAUCAAUGGGCAAUGCAAAUAUUUGAACAACAUAACAUGAGGGAGGCUGCCUGCCAGUUUGCUCUUGCUGCACUUGAGCAAGUUGACGAAGCUCUUGGAUCUGGUAUUCUUGAUGAAUCAGCGACUGCUGUCAAGGGAAGACUUUGGGCUAAUGUCUUCAAGUUCACGUUAGAUCUCAACUAUUACUAUGAUGCAUAUUGCGCAAUCAUUUCAAAUCCAGACGAAGAAAGCAAAACCAUUUGUCUGAGGCGUUUUAUAAUUGUUCUAUAUGAACGAGGAGCUGUGAAGAUUCUUUGCGAUGGCCAGCUACCAUUUAUUGGCUUGUCUGAGAAGGUGGAGCGAGAACUUGCUUGGAAGGCUGAGCGUUCAGAUGUUUCAGCCAAGCCAAACCCAUUCAAGUUGCUCUACGCAUUUGCAAUGCAGAGACAUAGUUGGCGGAGAGCAGCGAGCUAUAUUUACUUGUAUUCAGCACAAUUAAGAAUCCACGGUGCAUUGAGAGAUCCCCAACGGCGAUCUUUUAUUCUGCAGGAGAGGCUAAAUGGGCUUUCUGCUGCUAUCAAUGCUCUGCAGCUGGUUCAUCCUGCAUAUGCUUGGAUUGAUGCUCCACUUGAGGAAACUUGUUCUAAUAUGUAUCCAAGUAAAAAGGCUAGGAUAACCGUGGAAGAACAGUCUCCUGGUACUGGUGCUCAGUCUCAAAGGCAAAGGUCAUACUUAGAUGUUGAAAAACUUGAGAAUGAGUUCAUUCUAACGUCAGCUGAGUAUUUGCUAUCAUUGGCAAAUGUCAAGUGGACUUUUGCGAGAAUUGAGGCACCCCCAACGGAUGUAAUUGACCUUUUGGUUGAAUCAAACUUGUAUGAUAUGGCUUUUACAUUAAUUCUUAAAUUUUGGAAAGGGUCAGCUUUGAAGAGGGAACUUGAAAGAGUUUUUGCAGCUAUGUCAUUGAAAUGCUGCCCAAAAGGACUGCAAGCCCCAUCAGUUGGGAAUGGUCAGAGGAUGCACAGUCUUCUUUUGACUUCAUCGCAGGAUGAGAUUGUUGUCCAUGAAUCGCCUAAUGUUGGUCCAGCUGCACAUGAAUCUAAAGGCAGUAGCCAGUGGGAGACACUUGAGCUCUAUCUUGAAAAAUACAAAAAGUUUCAUGCUAAAUUGCCUGUUGUUGUUGCUGAUACUCUUCUUGCUGCUGAUCCUCAAAUUGAGUUGCCUCUUUGGUUGGUUCAAAUGUUCAAGGGUGUGCCAGCAAAAAGUGGUUGGGGAAUGGCGGGAAGUGAGUCAAAUCCUGCUUCUUUGCUUCGACUAUAUAUUGAUUAUGGUCGUUAUACUGAAGCGACUAAUCUGCUUCUCGAGUACAUUGAAUCCUUUGCAUCACUGAGACCAGCUGAUAUUAUUCGUCGUAAAAGGCCAUUUGCAGUUUGGUUCCCAUAUUCUUUGAUUGAGCGUUUAUGGUGUCAACUUCAACAAUCUAUCAAAUUAGGCCACAUGGUUGAUCAAAGUGAAAAGCUGAAAAAGUUGUUACAGGGUGCUCUAGUGAACCAUCUACAUCAACUUAAAGUGGAUUCAGAUGAUGUGAUGUCUUCUGCAGUCUAGUCGUUACUGCCAGUUCUCCAAUCUGUUGGCUUCCAUAGACUAGGCAGGAUUAAGGAGCCAUCGCUAUCCCAAAAAAAGCAGGAUGAUGGUGUCUAUAGUUUUGGAUUUGGGUGGCACACAAACUUUUUAAGAAAUCGAAGACAGUAGUUUGUUUUCCAAGUACUACUGACCUCUCCCGGCUCCUCCAUCUGCAGAAAUGUACUGUUCACAUUGGAAGGUGUGUUUUGAAAUACAAGGCACCACCUCUAGAACACUUUCCAACCCUCCCCUAAACCAUGGGAUAACAGGAAAAAAAUGCGUAUGCACUCUUAUCUGGAAUAUCCCCUAGUUGAUAAUGAGUUAUGGGGGAUGUUUUUCUUGUUGUAACUCUAACAUGGGUAGGUAUGUAAAUUCCAACUUGGGGCAGCUGAUCGGCCACUUAUAGCCAAGUCAAUGAAUGUAUCAGGUGUAAUUUUGUAGAUUUAACUUGGAAAGAUCUAAUGUAUUGUUCAAGUGCUUGAGUUUCUUUUUUAUAUAAUGAUUUAUUUCCUA